AUAAUUUAUAAAAAUUUAUAGAAAUCUGUCUUGGUAAAAUGGCGUCUUCACAAGGAAAACAUAUGCCCAAAGACACUCAAAUUAUUGUGUCGAUUAUGAAAGAUUUAGGUAUUGUUGAUUUUGAACCACAAGUUUUAAAUCAUCUCUUGGAGUUAAACCACAGAUACACAACGCUACUGUUGGACGAUGCUAAGACAUUUUCAAACUUUGCGAAAAAGAAGAGUGUUGAUGCCGACGAUGUGAAAGUAGCAAUACAAUUGGCACAAGAUGGAAUAUUUUGUCGACCUCCUCCACGCGAUAUGCUAAUGACAGCAAGUCGUGAAGUAAACAAAAUCCCAUUACCUCCAGUAAGGCCUGCUAGUGGACUGCGAGUUCCUCAGGAUCGUUCAACUUUCUUACAAACAAACUACAGGCUUAAAAAUGAUUUGUAUUCUGGAGGAAAUAUGCGUAAGGACACUAAAACAACAGCUGCAGAAAUGUUGGAGGCGUCUAGAAAAUUACAAUCCGAAGAUAAUCCUUUCUAAUUAAUUUUAUUUAAGAGGAAAUUAUAUGGACAUUUAUUGUAUAUGUCUUACAUGAAAAUGUUACACUUAGCAGAUCCUGUUUAGCCCUGUUUAUAUAAAAAUUAGAGUGUAUUUACCUCUUAUAAAAUUUGUUAGAUUUUAUCUAGGACACCUACAUAGGGUUUUUAUGUUAUAUAAAUUUAUUAAAUUAUAAUAUAUAUAUUUUAUUAUAUUUUAAUUUAAAAGCGAGUUCUAAGUAUUUUAAAACUUGUACGUCAUAAAAUUCUCAUAAUUAGCUUUAAAAUUAAAAUAUAAUAAAAAGCCUACGGUUGCCCUAGAUAAUAAUCUUACUUUUACAUUUUAAAACAGGUUGAAUCACUCGA